AUGACCUCACAACGCUCCACUGCAGACAGACAAGGUCUGGAAGCCAAGGUUAAUAAUGAGGGGCAAACCGGAACAGGCGCACAGAAGCAUGCAUUCCCCUCAACAUGCCACUGCCCAGACACGCAGGCCACCAGAGAGAGACAAUUGUGGCCUGUUGUUGUGGUUCACAACGUCCCAGACAGCGCAAGCACCAGACCGGGUUCUAUUCUUAAAGCUAGUCGACGAAAUGGAGGACGACUCCUUCAGUCAAGCUUUCUGUCUCACCCAGCUUCAACCAACAUGACCAAGGAAGCUCGAACCAGUCACUGCCAUGAGAGGGAAAAAUCUUCCUCGUAUUAG